AAACGACGUGAAUGUGGAAUGACUUGAGUAUUAGGCUUUUGCUUGACUUGAACAGUCCAACAGGCAUUUAAAUCUUACACAAGCGUAUACAACCCCAACGUGAACUUAAUUUGAGUGAAAAAACAUAAACAGAAUCUGCAAUAACCUGCAGGAAAAUUCCCCGACUAUGCGUUUAAGUAAUGUGAAGGUAUCAAACUUGACGUUAAAUGCCGUUAUUCUUUAUAACUUGCGAGUCUACUUUACGAAGCGGAGGAACAUAGUCUCUGGCUGUCACCCUCUCGUCUCGAACUAGAUAAUUCGUCUUUGAGUUCAAUGAGUGGAGAGUGGACAUGAACUGAACAGACGGCGAUUCAUACAACAAAGUGAGCGUACUCUGCUCGAGGAAACCCCUUAGAAAACAUUUCCAACUGCAGUCAUAUCGAAGAUGCAACGAUGACUCAACCGCAGCUGAAUGAGUUCAUUCCCCCUCCGGAGUGCCCUGUUUUUGAGCCCAGCUGGGAAGAAUUUGCCGACCCUUUUGCGUACAUCAACAAAAUCCGUCCCAUUGCAGAGAAAACUGGCAUUUGCAAAGUCCGGCCGCCACCGGUAAGUGUUUCGCACGAUUUUACGUGUAUCAGAUUAUUGAAACAUGCGGGGUUUUAUUCAGCUGCUGUUGGUUAUUUAGCAGGCAAAGUUGUGUUUGUGGACAGGUUUCAACAUGGCGGAUUGCGGUUGCUGAGUUGAAUUGUCGGCUAGUAGCCCGAGCUGGUAGUGUGCUGUGUUAUGAACCACGAUACAGAAGCUAAAGAAAAAAUAUGUGAAGUUUAAUAUUCUAAACGUGAAUUUCAACAAUAUUCUUAUUAAUGUAGCAGGAUAUCUAAAAAUAAUUCAAACGCCAAAGUUUGCCUGUAAUGCAAAUAAAAUGGAAAUUGUUUACGUUAGCGCAGAAAGAAAUGCUUCCUGGACUGUGAAGACGGAAACGGCUCACCGAGAACUGAACUGGAUAUGUGACAGCUGCUUUUUUCAGAAUCAGUUAAAUAUACAUCCUAAACUUUUCCCAGCAGCAGGAUUUGAAGGAUUUAGCCGGUGUGAGGUAACCGAGCACAGGUUAAUCAGGCCCCCGUUUUAAAGCUGCACAGUUCUGACAUCUUCCCCAACGUUGGCUGACGUUACGUACGUGCACGAAGACCAGCAGUUUAUGGAGACAACGGACACUCUGUUUCUGUUUUUAUCUGCGUUUAUCUGCCCCCACGCCUGAAACCUCUCUAAAUGUGAUUAUUCCACAUUGUUGAGCAUGAAGUUUGUUGGCAGUUUGACCUAAUUUCUAUUCCUAAAAGAUAUCGUUAUUACGAGGAAAGCUCCCAGGACAAUGUAAUGUCUAUUAUACAAUAUUGUCUCCCCCUAAUAGGAGCUUUAUUCUGCCACGAUCCACACCCCCUAAAGGGCACACGACUUCCAUAUAGCAUUUUCAGGACAAAAAGAAGAUAGUUAUUAUAUAAAUAAUAUCCAAAAUUAUUAGAAUUCAAAGUAAUCUCACUGUGACCUUAUUUCUGGUACACUAUGAAAGAAGAUAACCUGAGUCAAGGGUGUGUCCAAGCGUCCAUACAAAGUAUAAAAACGCCAUAUUCUUUUGAAAUAAAUGCUAUCAAAUUGUCACAUUUUAAUCCUGAGGGUACAUGUUGGAAUUAGUUUUCACUGCCUGACACAAGGCCCAUCUUCAGUUGGAAAAAAGGAAGCUGUGAAAGUCCAUGUGCUCGGGUUAAACAGGACAGGCAGGGUUGGAGGGUUGGAUGGGCUGCAGUAUAACCAAAAACAGGGUGGGUUGACUGAUUGGUGUGUUUGUUCCCUGAAGAGGACGCCCUUAUUAAAUGGCAAGGCUGUCAGAUGCACAGAACAUAUAAACAAAAGGAGGCAGCGCUGUUUGUCCUCAUAGGGGUUAGUCAAUAGAACUUUUGGCUCUCCUGUUCGCUGCUUUGUUUGAGGCCUGCAUCUUAAAAGCUGGUCCAAAUACAUAUGAGCUCUUAUUGGAAGUUUUUGGUGUUCACCUUUAUGAUAGCCAUGCACAGUAAACACCAUAUGGUAAGAUGCAGCAUGUUAAAAAAAGACCCCUAAUCCCUGCUUCUUGGAUAUAUAUUUGUGCAUAAAACUGAUAAUGUAGCAAAAGGAGGAGGGAAGUAUUUGUUUAAAGGUCAAUUUCAAUCAUUUGUCCCACUGAGAAAGCCCCAUUGUCUGCAGUCCUGUGACAUACACCAGCAGUUUCUUCUAAACACUCAGACCAAAAUAUGGCUUUGGGGUGGUGUGUGUGGGCCAGCAAACCACAAAAAAAAAAAACCAAAUCCCUCUGCAAUGUUGAGCUGAGCUUUUUGUGAGUAGAUUUCUGGUGCCGAUUUGAUGUGUUUACCUCGAUGUUUUGUCUUCUGACUACAAAUGGGACAGCAUUGGGCCCUGGAGGGCUAGUGUCUAGUCUGAUAUCUCCUCUUUGUGUCAAUUUUGUCUUUGUGUAAACAGUUUUUCUGAAAGGUGGUAGACACUGUGCCAAAACCUGUUUUUGAUCAGUGAGUUCUAGGUACACGGCUCGCGGUCAGUUUCUUCACCGAGGUUUCGCACAGGUCAUAUUUGGACUGUAGACGUUAGCAGCACAUAUGCAAGUGAUUUCAGUGAUAUCUGAAGGGAGUUUGUGGUCAACUUUUCUCUGCUUCGGUUCGUCGUUUAAAACUUUGCAGAAAGCCGUUUGUGUUUAGUUCAACAUUUCUUAAUCCAUCUCAAAUGUUGUGGGUUGACUUUUGUGUGGAGUGUAAUGUAGUUUCUAUUGUUAAAAAUUUAUGGCUUUCCUUCCGUGUACCUCAGCUUUUGUCUGUGGAUGAUAAAGUAGUGCUUAUGUAGCCUUUGUUGCUCCAACUCCGACAGAAGAAAAGAAAAGUUUGUCCAGCUUCAGUUCGACUCGGAUCCUGAGGUUAAGUCUGAUUUUCAAGGCUGGCUGAGUCAAAACCCAUGAUCAAAUAAUAUUUUGUGAUGGCUUUAAUGAUUUCUGUGUAACAUCAGUGAGAGUUUGGUGAGUUUUAAACUAAAUUUGGACUCCAUUUAAGUGGGAAUGGCUUAAUUUUUAAGAUUUAAAAGUCACAUUGUGCUUGCAGUUAGUAAAAACUGUUUGUAAAACUUGAAAAGAGUUGUUUUAUGAACGCAUCAAGUCCAAACGCAUUGAUCAACAAGCUUUAAAUAGGUCAUAUUUAAUCUCAAGCAGUUUUCUCACGUAGAUCAAACAACAAACAGGUUUGGUUUCUCCUGUUGAUUGGUAUUUCUACUGCGGUUUUUAUGAGCUUUGAAUCUGAGCCACCAAAUAAAAGUGUGGGUUCACACCCUUUUAUGUUUACAGAUUAUUUUUUUCAGACUUUGCCCAUUUUCUGGGUUUCCAAACACACAUUAAAAAACAGUGUGAAGCAUGUCCAGUUUGCCUGUGAACAUUUGUCGUGCUCCAUGUUUGAAGGGCAACCUUGAAACCUGAAACUUGUCUCUCCCGGAUGAGCGUUGCUGUCUGUUUGUUGGAGAGGAAUGGAUGGAUGUUGGGAAUCUUUGAAGAAAUAGCUAACAGCUCACGAGCCACCACCAGAAUUACAGUGUAACCAUGUGUUAUCAGGGUCACAACAGCUCGGGUUGCACUUUCCGUCACACUCAAGGACACAACUUUCACAAGUUGUUUGUCUCUCAUUUGUAAAAAUUCUCACUCAUGAUGACAAAUCUUCAAGAGCACAGUACCACAUAUUUAUUGAUUUAUUUUCACACCUUGAUUAUUUUGUUGACUUUCACACCACCAACAACCACAUAUGCUUUGGUGCGACAGGAAGCUCUGUGGUCUGGUGUAGGUGUGUUUGUUUUAAUAUAGAGUGGAAGUGCGUUUAAGGCCAAGAGUCAACAUAGUCUGUCACUGACAGAACCGGUGUGGUUACCACUUUGUGUGGGACAAGCAGCAAUGUAAUGUUUAUGAUUGGCCUUUUGUCAAUUUCAGGUUGUAACAAACAUUUAGAAACAUGAAAACAAGGAGUGUUUGUCUGACAUACCUUUUAAGAUUGUCUGUCGUCCUCAUGAAAACAAAGUAAAUGCUAUGAACCAAGUGAAGGUAACAUUUAAUGAGCCGCUAUAUGAUUACAGAGACACAAUCAGACUACCUUCUUGACUUUUAAUAACAAUCAGAGCGUUACUAGAGGAACUGCAUCCCUGUGGAUUUACACGUUUUUUUCGAUCAGAUUUUACGUCAUUUAAAUUUCAGACACUCUUGUUAGAAGAUCAUAUCAUAGACUCUGAAAUGUAGCACUGAAGUGAUAAUAAGCCACAGUCAAAGGGCUCUUUCUCUUCUACAUAUUCUCAUCACUUGUCAGUGUGUCCCUAUUCCAACUGUUUUCACAUUAUUACACUAUUAUAUUCCAUGUGUCUUAAGAUUUAGCUCACAUGUGUACUCAGAGUUGAUUUAAUGUUGUUCCUUCAAAUGGAUUUUGCAACAAAUGAUUGGUGUCUUUUAGGAUCAAUUUCUGAAUUAACUGAAGAAGCUAGUCCCAAAAAAUUCCAAUGCUUUUAAACAAUUUUGUUGAUACACUUUUUUUAUGAUAUACAUGCUCAGGUGAAACUCAAUGGAGCUAACUGAAGCCACACAUACAAACUGAAAUGAUCUGUAAAGACACAGAAAAACACAUUUCUCUCUUUUUGGCUCUUGAACAGGGUUUGUCAGCAACAACAACAACAAAAAAAAAACACACACACCAGUCUUAUCUUUUGGGGCUUGGUGUCACGGCGUUACUGGAGCUUUACAUCGUGCUCACAGGAGAGCCUUGUAGUACAUCAUGUACUCUUUGUUCAGACUGACUCCUGUACAAAAAAUGAAAUGUUGGUGUCUUAAGACUCUGUUUCAACUCAAGUAUGAAGGAUCUGUUUAAAAGUUGUUGUUUUUUUGUUUGUCUCUCAGGACUGGCAGCCACCGUUUGCCUGUGAUGUUGACAGACUGAAGUUCACACCAAGAAUACAAAGACUCAACGAGCUAGAGGUACACUUUGUUAUGAUGUUUGUUUAGUUCUGUUGAGGAAAAAGUUUUAAAUAUGACAAGAUGUCAGUUUACCUGGUCAACACAAAACAAACUAGAAAAUGAUGAAAUAUUAAUAUUUCAGAUUAAUAAACAUCAUCUUAGAUACUUUGUUUACAUUUUUUUAUAAGCAGUACACACAUUUAAGUAGUCUUUUUCCAAACCAACAUGUUAGAAGACGUUUAAGUGAAUUUCACAAAACAGUCUUCAGACGAUUUUCAACAUCAGGAUACUUGUGCUUCCUUCUACUUAUAACAGACAUUAGGAACAAACAGUUGAAUAUCAGGUUUACAAAAAUGUGCCAUGUCUCUGUGUUUAGGCUCAGACCAGAGUGAAGCUUAACUUUCUGGAUCAAAUAGCAAAAUUCUGGGAGCUCCAAGGAUGCACUCUGAAAAUCCCUCAUGUGGAGAGGAAGAUUUUGGACCUCUACCAGCUGAACAAGGUACAAGAUGCAAAUCCUGGUUGACCGAAAAUCAGGACAGAGAUUUAUUGGAUACAUUUAAAAAUGUGAAACUUAUUUCUACACAGUCAGAUUAAAUGAAUAUUUCCUCUAUUUUUCCAAGCUGGUGAAUGAAGAAGGAGGCUUCGAUGCAGUCUGUAGAGAGAGGCGCUGGACAAAGAUAUCUGUUAAGAUGGGCUUUGCUCCUGGAAAAGCUAUUGGCUCUCAUCUGCGGGCGCACUAUGAGAGAAUCCUCUUCCCAUACAACCUUUUCCAGUCUGGUGACAAUCUGCCUGUAAGUCUUGACCCUCCAUUUUCCAUAUGAUUGCAAAAUAAUGUAAGUCCUUGAAAAUGUUGAAGUCUUUCUGCCUAACAUUGCUGAAAGUUUGAGAUUUUAACCAUAUUUCAGACAGAAAUUUGUUUUGAAAUUGUUCUGUAAACUUGAAUCGUGAUGUCUUCAUCCCAUGUUCAUUGAUUUUGUUUUUUUGAUUUUACAGCUUUUUGUUUUCUUCUAUGUAUACCAUGCUGCUCUGUGUCUUGCCAACUUUUUUUUUUACCAUCUACCUGCCUCUAUUUGCAGAGAGCCACCUUGACCAAUGACACUAAAGAUAAGGAGUACACUCCUCAUGACCUGCCGCAGAGACAGUCUGUCCAGCCUCAGGAGACUUGCAGCAUCGCUCGCAGAGCAAAACGGAUGAGAUCCGAGGUGAGUUUUAUCGCUCCCUUUGUUCUCUGAUAUGAUUACUCAAACCAUGUAUGUGUUAUUGUAUUGAAAAUAUAGUAUUGAAAAAGUGUUUUUAUUCACAAGCUAACAGAGAAAGAGACUUAAUCUGUUUACUUAUUGUGUAAAAGUACAACUUCUAAACUCUCCGACUCUCACUGUGCUGACAGAGAGGCUGUGUCAAAACUGAGCCUGGAGAAAUCUGUGAGAAUCGCCCCAAUCUCAGGAGGAGGAUGGGAACAUAUGCUGCCAAAUAUGAACCGAGUAAGAACAAGGAAGGAAUUCUGUUUGAGGAUUUAUUGUUAAAAAAUGAUCUACUUAGUCAGAUAAUCCUGACUUUGUCUAUCUUUCAGCGAGGAUGGCGAUCACUGAGGUGAAAACCGAGCCUGUAGAUCACCAAGAUUUCGGAGAAAGUCUGUUAAAUAAGAUAAACAAACCCAUUUCCAAUAAAGUAAGUGAAUACUUGAUAUUGAAAUUUGGCUAUGAAUGAUACAAAUCACAGAUAAUUAAACACCACAAAAGGACGCUGUGCUCAUAACAGCUGUCUGCUCAGGUGGACCAGUACAUGUGCCUGGUGUGUGGCAGCGGGAGUGCAGAGGACCGCCUCCUGCUGUGUGACGGCUGUGAUGACAGCUAUCACAUUUUCUGUCUGAUACCCCCCCUCCAUGAUGUCCCCAAAGGAGACUGGAGAUGUCCCAAGUGCCUUGCUGAGGUGAGUGGGGAUAAACAUCCUAGCAGAGAGGCUCAUAAUUCAGAACAAGACAACAACCAUGGGAAUGAUACCCAAAAGUAUGAUGGUAUUUGUGUCUGAAAGAUUUUCUUUUUAACUUCAUGUCUUUGUCUGUUUUUACAGGAGUGUGGCAAACCUCCUGUUGCUUUCGGCUUCGAGCAGGCCAGCAGGAGCUACACCCUCCAAGCUUUUGGGGACAUGGCAGAUUCCUUCAAGUCUGAUUAUUUCAAUAUGCCAGUUCACGUAAGUUUACAUUGCCUCUAACAUGAUGUCUGCUUUUAUUUACAUUUUGUUCUGUUUCGACGGUUAAUACACAUUUAAAAUCAGCCACCAAGUCCAGGUGGGGUUAGUUCACAUACCAGCUUUUGCUGGCUAGAAAUAAGACGAGUGUUGUUCUUCCUGCCAUUUAUGUAAAGAGCGUUAUUGUAUAUGACAUACAUAUGAAAAAAAGAUUUAUACAAUAAUGCAAAACUAACAGUCAUUAUAAACUGUUGUUGCGCGUCUGGUAUGAUAAUGUGUUUUCAUUCAAACUCUGAUCUUUAAAUUUCAAACGCUUGGAUUUUUGAGAAACGUGAAGUAAAAAAGUCCUGAGGCUGUCAUUCACAUUUUUAUUAUGACUCAAAUCUUUCGACAAAGAAAUGCUUUGAGAACACAUUACACAUUUGGGUUCUGUUUGUCCAAUCAUAUCUGUUUAACCCCCUUUUAUACAUGCACAUGUCCUUUGUAAACUUGUGCUUUGUCUAGAGAGUAAAAGUGGUUGAGAUGUUAGACCUGAAGGUGUAGGAAAAAACAGACUCCGGGAAAGACAGGGUGUUGGUAAAAAAUGUGUUUUUGCUGAUAAACAUGAUGUUCUUUUUCUGUUGCCGUGAGACUUAAAUUUAUCUGUGUGAACUUGUGACAAAACUUGCUUUACAUGUGUGUACAUAUGGGUUAAAGCAGCACACUAGCACACCAUAAUAGUAAUAAUGAAUUGUAUUGAUAGUGCACUUUAUAUUAGGCAAACAAUCUCAAAGUGCUGCAGACAAAAAAAAAAAAGGAAUUCGAAAGCCCACACAGAAACUUCUCUUUUCUUGUGCAUGUUAGAUGGUCCCCACUGAGCUGGUGGAGAAGGAGUUCUGGCGCCUCGUCAGCACCAUUGAAGAAGAUGUCACUGUGGAGUACGGAGCAGACAUCGCCUCCAAGGAGUUUGGGAGUGGUUUCCCUGUGAAGAACAGCCAUUUUGAAGUGGCCCCUGAGGAUGAGGUACAAUCUGUCAGCCGUUUGAGUGAAGACGUGUUCUGUGUUCUAUACGCAUACGUUCAAAAUUCACUAUUGGUUAACCUUAUCUCUCACUGGAAACAUGGAAAAGUCAGUGUCCAACGGGUUUUUACCAGAGGACUUUAUCGUACUAUAAAUCUAAAUACACGUCAAACCUUUGAGUAAUGCUAAUCAAAGAUAAAAACAACAAAAAUGAGAUCUGUUUGUUAAAAAAUGUUAAAAAAUCAUACAAAUCGUCAAACAAUUGUCCUCAUUGACAACAAUAGUAAUAAUGAUGAGGAAGAAGACGUUAUGGUAGUGAGAAGUGAAGUGUUGAUGUCAGCCAUGUCUCUGAUCUGCAGCAUUACCUGAGCAGCGGCUGGAAUCUGAACAACAUGCCAGUACUCGAUGGCUCGGUGCUGACUCACAUUACAGCCGACAUCUGUGGGAUGAAGUUACCCUGGUUGUAUGUCGGCAUGUGCUUCUCCUCCUUCUGCUGGCAUAUUGAGGACCACUGGAGCUACUCCAUCAACUACCUUCACUGGUUAGAGUUCAUUCUUCAAACUCUACUGUCUCUCAUAUGAUGAUGUGAAUGUGCGUCUCUCUCACACUAGAAACGGUGUUGAAUUGUCACCAGAAACUCAGUCCAGCUUCAGGUUUUUUUUUUGUCUGCUAAGGGUUUUGUUCUCAUGUACAGGGGCGAGCCGAAGACGUGGUACGGUGCCCCCGGUUAUGCCGCUGAGCACCUUGAGUCGGUCAUGAAGAAUCUGGCACCUGAGCUGUUUGAGUCACAGCCAGACCUCCUUCACCAGCUGGUCACUAUUAUGAACCCCAACACACUGAUGAACAACGGCGUCCCGGUAACCUGCUGUUACAACAGCUAAAUUAUUUACAUGUUAAAAUGUUACAACAACGUCUGUUCUUUAUUCUAACUAUUGUGUCUUUUCUCACCGAUAUGUAGAUCUAUAGGACCAACCAGUGUGCAGGCGAGUUUGUCAUCACCUUCCCCAGAGCUUACCACAGCGGAUUCAACCAGGGCUUCAACUUUGCUGAAGCGGUCAACUUUUGCACCAUGGAUUGGGUAAGAAAAUCUGUCGGCACAGCAACAAAUUUUUAUUCUGAAGUUUCCUCAAAUGCUGCAUCUGUGCACCACACCUGAUGAUAAAGAUUAUCUGCACAAACAAAAGUAGAGUCAUUUAUGAUUAUCAUUGGACAGUUAAUUUAUGCAGCACCAUUCCAGCCAAGACGGGAUCCUCAAGACUGAUUUCCGACUGGGUAGUUCCUGUUUCUCCAUCUCGUCUAUAAUCGACUGCAUUUUUCCUUUUCCAUUCAUUUUCUGACAGAUGCCCAUCGGCCGUAACUGUAUAAGCCAUUAUCGCCAGCUGAGCAGAUACUGCGUCUUCUCCCAUGACGAGAUGGUUUGUAACAUGGCCUUUAAAGCCGAUACAAUGGACGUGGACUUGGCAUCAGCAGUACAGAAAGAAGUUACAGCCAUGGUCGCAGAGGAUGAAGAACUAAGACAGAAGAUUGUUAAGAUGGUGAGACGAUAAUAUGAUGUCAUUUUGACGUACUCCUACAUAUUGUUUUAUAUGGCAGGAUGUAUUUCUAACAUUUUUAGCCUCUAAAAGAGAAAACUUUGAACUUCACAUUUCUUCUAAUGAAUGUGUUUGAUCAGCAGACUUAUUGUGUCUGCACAUCUGUCUCAUUUGGUUCUCCUGUGGCCCUCUGAGCCUCUAAUGACUGCGAAUGUCUGUCCCCAGGGUGUGGUGCAACGUCGUCAGGUUGAUUAUGAGGUGCUCCCAGACGAGGAGCGGCAGUGCUACAAGUGCAGGACCACCUGCUACCUGUCUGGCAUCACCUGCGCCUGCAGUCCCGGCAAGAUGGUUUGUCUGUACCACGCCCAGGACCUGUGCUCCUGUCCUCGUAGCAACCUUACACUCCAGUGAGUCUUCAGUAACCACAACAACUAAACUAAACACAACAAACCAUUUUUACCAACUAUCUAGAGGAGCAGAUUCCUCUUUCUAAACCUAAAAGCUUCAAAGAAAGUUAUAAAAUUCCUCUUCUAUUUUACUUUUUAGACUAACAAUAGCAAAAUGAUCAUGAUCAGAACAAGACUGAAAUAUGCAGGAAGAGAUGUCGAAAUAGUUCAACUUCACUGUGUUGUUCUUGCACCUCGAGUGUGUGUCUGUUUGGGGGGGAUUCUUCUGUCAUGCUAAUGAGACCUUCAGUGUUUUAGAGAAAACAAACACUUUUUGUAGUGAGAAGGUUCAUCUGUCGUAAUUUGCUGAUGCUCUCAUGAGAAGCAGAUUUUAAGCAAACUGCAGAAAAAGUGAGCAGUCGCCUGGUUGUUCUGUUACCCGUUCAGCAUAUAGUAGGAUAAGACAUCAAUUUUACAAACGCCUUAUUUUUUCUUUCUUUGUAGUUUUAAAUUCACACUGGAGGAGCUGCAUACCAUGUUGGCGUCAGUGAAGCUGCGUGCAGAGUCCUACAAAGAGUGGCUCUGUUGCGUUCAGGACAUCCUGGAGAACAAAGGAACCAAGAAAAGAGGUCAGGAAUUAAAGCAAACUUACUGCGAAACUUUGUUAUCUAAAAUCUUUUUACCACCCUGUGGUUUGUUUUAUUUUUAUUUUUUUGAGAAAGACACUUAGACUGUUUUACUGUCAGGUUUGGAGGAGCUGCACAGCCUGGUGGAGCAGGCAGAAACAAAGGGCUUCCCACAAACAAGCCUCGUGGAUCAGCUGCGUGUUGUCACCUCAGAGGCGGAUAAAGUCGCUGCAAUGGCACAACAACUUCUCAAUGGCAAAAGGCAGACAAGGUACUUCAAAAAAAAAAAAGGGAAAUUUAACUUUGUCUUCCGUUUUAAUUUGGGUUUGGAUUUUAAAAAAUGUAUCUAACUAGUUUUCUAUGUAUUCAGAUCAAAUUUUUAAAACGACAGAUAUCUCUUCUAUUAAAAAGUGAAAUUAGUAUCUACCAAAGUCUGUCUCUUUAUGGAUGUACAGUGAUAAGUCAAUGAAGGUAUUUUUGCCUUGUAAGAUCAGUUUAGGAGUUUUUUGUAUAUUUUAGGUAUCGCUCUGGAGGAGGAAAGUCUCAGAAUCAGAAUGAACUGACGGCGGAGGAGCUAAGAUCUUUUGUUCGACAGUUUGACAGCCUGCCAUGCAACAUCAGACAGGCCCCUUUACUGAAGGUUAGUACACUUUAAUAAGACUAAUGUACAAUGUCUCUGAUUAUGUAAAUCAAUGACAUAAACAGAACUUCAAUGUUUACUAUCAUUUGAUUAAAUGUGCUUCUUUGAAACCUGCACAAAUUGAAGUUCUUCACAUUGUUGUAGCACUUUGAUCUUGUUUGUGGUUUGUGUUAGUAAACCUGGUUUUGUUGAAUGAACUCCAUCAUUUCUCAUGACACAUGACCUCCAGGACCUGUUGACUCGGGUGGAUGACUUCCAGCAGCGCAGUGAAUGUCUCCUCUCUGAUGAGUCGCCCAGUCCACAGGGGCUGCAGGAGCUGCUGGAUGUGAGCUUGGGCCUUGACGUGGAGCUGCCUCAGCUGCCCCUGCUGAGGGAGCGGCUGGAGCAGGCUCGCUGGAUGGAAGCUGUGCAGCAAGCCAGUAGCAGACCGGAGAGCCUCUGUCUGGACACCAUGAGGAGGCUGAUCGACCAGGGUGUGGGCCUGGCACCUCACAGCUCAGUGGAAAAAGCGAUGGCGCGGCUGCAGGAGCUGCUGACAGUGUCAGAGCAAUGGGAGGAGCGGGUCUCUGGGCUCAUGGAAGCCAGGUCAGGAUGCAAGAAAGUCUCCACUACACUUUUCUUUUUAUGUCUCAACCUGGCUGUGGUUUGGGCUGGGCCACUUAUCUAAUUAAAUGCUGGGUAUGUUUCCUGUCAGACACUUAAACCUUUUUGCCUCAUAAGAAUAUAUUUUUCUGCUCUUACUGUUUUUUGUUGUUGAUCCCAACUUUGAAAAGCCUUUUGAACAAGUUUUUUUGAGGUUGGAAGAGUCUAUACACACCCUUUCUGUUUAUAAUGUAAAACUAACUACAAGCACAAGAAGGGUUUGUUUGGGAUGUGUUAACACAAGAUCAGCCCCCAAAUUUAAUUCAUUAGCCCUUUUCACGAUGUGAUCAUCUGCUGAAAGAAGAACUGAGAAAAAGAUCAACAGAUUCUUACUCUAUUUAGAACCCGGAGCGCAGUGCCUCCUCUCAACCCUGCAACAGUAAAUCUAUGAUUUUUUUUUUGACUAGUGGGGUCACAUGAAGUGAAAACAACAGAGUAGCUCCAGACCAUACAGAUUGAAAUGUGCCAAGUCUGCAAAGCUGCACCAUGGUGAAUAAAGAGGAUCAUGGUGUUGUGACAACGCAUAGCCGUCUAACUAUAACAAACUGUGAGGCAUUAGACCCUGCUUUGAUUAACUUCUUUUGUGAUCUAACAUUGACAGACACAUUUAUUCUGAAAAAAAAAAGACUGAAGCAAUUAACAGAGAGAAAGAAAACUGAACAUGAACACAUUUUUAAUGCUCGUCACUUCACAGGCCAUAUCACAGCAUAGAGACACUCGACACUGCUCUACAGGAAGUAGAAAACAUCCCUGCGUAUCUGCCAAACUGUCUGCAGCUGAAGGAUGUUAUUACCAAGGCUAAGAAGUGGCUUCAAGAAGCCGAAGCUCUCCAGGUGAGACAUUGUUCAACCUACGCCACACUGAAUGUUCUCAGCACUUAACCAUCUCGUAGCACAGUGUUAAGUCUUGUGUGUGCGUGCUUACAGCUCGGGGGUCGUAUUCCUGUGCUGGACAGCCUCUCUGAGCUGGUUCUCAGAGCAGAAAGUAUCCCAGUGAGACUGGACCCAUUAAGUCGGCUGGAGGCUCUCAUUAAUGACGUUCAGACCUGGAAGGAGAGCGCAGCAAAGACAUUCCUACUGAAAAACUCUCCUUUCUCUCUUCUUGAGGUAAACAAAUGUUAGGAAGGGUGCUUUAAGUCUUUUUUACAUUUGUCUUUUAAACAAAUGCAAAUAACUAUUGCCCUUUUUAUUUUUUAGGUGCUCUGCCCAAGAUGUGAUGUUGGGGGAGGAUAUCAGAAAUCAAAAUCUAAGAAGGCUAAAGAAGCUGCACAGAACUGUAAAAAAUCCCCAACAAGGCUGGAGUCUGUGAGUGAUGUGGAGAGAGCUCUCUCAGAGAGCAAGGACUCCCCCUCUGCAGUGAGUACAGCUGAACAAUUUCAUCAAAACUGUCAUAGUUGACAUUUUUCAUGAGUGCAGCUGGAUGUUUUAUCUUGUCUCAUGGUCAGAUCUGUGUUCUAAAAGAAACCAAACCAUCCUAAAUCGAACCUAGGGUCAAGUUUUGCAUAAUUGCUGCCAAAGAACAACUGAAAGGGCUGCAGAAAAGACAGGUGACCUCGAUAUUUGAGGGUGCUCACUGAAAUGUGCCCUGCACUGAAGUGUCACUUUCAGGUUUAACUGGAGGGCUCAAAGUCUUCACAAAAUAUCCACUUCUUUUAUUCCUGAAAAAAGGUCACUACGUUUCUCACGAUGUGGAGAGGCAACAUUCCCAUUUAUCCUGGGACCUCCUCUCUUUGUGUUUUCCACCUCUUUGUGCUGUCAGAAAGUCAGGGCAAAUAUCACAUUAGGACAAACCUGUUACAGAAAUACUGUUUCUGUCAAAGUCAAGCUUUUGUUUGAUGAGGUGAAAUUAUUGACCUUGUUUUUCCUCUGCUGUACUCCCUCCCAGACUCUUUUUUGUUCUCUAAGUUUCUUCAUUCUUUAAUUUUUUUCUCUUCGCUGCUGUAAUUUUGGAAUUCCCCCUGUGGGACUUUUAAAGGAAUAUCUUGUCUUAUCGUAUAAACUCCAAUUACAAAUACAACCAUAAACUCACAGCCUCUAACCAUGUUUUGUCUGAGAGUCAGAUUUAAUUUGGCUGCUUUUAUAAUGACAUUAAAAUUGUCUUUUUUCACAGAUGGCCACACUUGCCGAGGUCCACCAGAGGGAGAUGGAGGUCUUGCUGGCUCUUCGAGCUUCGAACGAGUCCAAGCUUUUACCUGCUGAAAACUGUUGUGCACUCAGUGUGUGUGUUUGCCAAAAGGCUCCUUCUGGCGCAAUGGUGCAGUGCGAGCUCUGUCGAGAAGUUUUCCACUGCGGCUGCGUAAUAACAACCACAGAGCCUGAGUACAGUCAAGCCUGGCUUUGCCCGCUUUGCCAGCGGUCCAGGAAACCCCCUCUGGACAAGGUCCUGCCUCUUCUAGCUUCGCUGCAGAGGAUUCGAGUUCGACUCCCAGAGGGAGAUGCACUGCGGUUUCUCAUUGAGAGAACGGUGCGAUGGCAGCACAGAGUUCAGCAGGCGUGCACAGAUGGAGUGCUGGAGAAAGUGUCAAAGAUGGUGAGUUGAAAACAGGAUGAACGUCAAUAAUGAUACUUUCUGCUUUUGCUUUGUUGAUGCAGUUUGAUAUCAGAGGGUCUGUUUGGGUUUGAUACCAUCAUCAUUAUCGCACAUGCUAAAGUUGACCCUUCUUUAUUUCAUUUCAGGGGAAAGUUGGAUGGUCUUCUUAUCUGUCUCAGGAAAGAAACGGUUCCCUUUUUUAUACAGAACACCAGUGUAUUCCACUCCAGGGUCAGUGUGAUUUGUCCAACCCCUAAAAUACAUGCACACCUUUACUGUUUUGUAGGAUUAGUCUCCUGAAUAGUCCUCUUCUCAUCAUGGUUUUCACAGGCCUUGGUGCGGCGUUGGAGGAGCUGAUGGUGGAGGGUUUCCUCCUGCAGGUUACUUUGCCUGAGACUGAGCAGCUAUAUAGAUACCUGCUGUACAAACUGGCACCCCGGCCGUCACACAUGUCACCCAGUGGGAGUGACACAGACCAGGACCGACAGUCUAAUCAAGGGAGUCCCCACCACAAAAAGGUAACAGCAGUCAAAGUUUUUAUUCUUGAAUCAUGGGUCAUAUACUCAGUCACACCUGAUUUACUGAAUCAUUUCUCUUUUGUGUGUUUGCUUUGAUGUUUUUCGUUUACACACAGAAUGGAGUUUCUAGUCUUAAAAAAGAGGCUGUGAACGGUCAGAGCAAAAGGACCAAGCGGCGAAAGGAAAGCUCUGACUCUCAGCACAGCGAAAAGGCCAAGAAGAGCCGUAAGAAGAAGUCUAAGAAAAGCAAAGAGAGGAGUAGUGAAUCAAAGAAGACCUGUUCUCCCACUCACACAGUGUCAGACCCUGCUCCCUCUGAUUCAGAGGAGGACUUCUCACUGUGUGCUGCACCAUGGUGCAGAGAGCCAGAGGGAGAUGAGGUGUGUUUUACGAACUGGAUUUAUGUUUUUGUUUUGUUUAGAUUAGCAGCAUUGAUUUUAAUUCGAUUGUAUUUAUGAUUAUUCCACCCCUGUGUUUCUCAGGUGAACUGGGUCCAAUGUGACGGCAGCUGCAAUCAGUGGUUCCACCAGGUCUGUGUGGGACUUUCAGCUGAGCGAGCGGAGAAGGAGGACUAUAUUUGCAUAAGCUGCACACAGCCAGACUAUGACCGAGGAAAAUGAAGACCAAAUAAUGACUUUGAAGGAUCAGCAGUUUUCGUCGCUGGCUGCAGCACUUAAGCACACACCUGAACUCUGUGUCCUGCGGCUCCUCCCCUUUACCGUCUGGCUUGCUCUUAGUGAACAUGGUGCUACUUACUGUUUUUUUUUUCCAGACUUACAAAAGACUUCUGCCACUGUUUUUUGUCACAUGGCUGCUUUUACAGCCAAUCAACUAAUCCUUUCUGAAACUUUCCAACACUUGCUGCAGGUGUGUAAAAUGGCAAACUGUUUCAAGAGCAGUGCAGGGAUUUUUCAACCAAAAAAAGAGUCAAUUUGACAUCACAUUUUUGAACUCCUUUUUUUUACAAAGCAUCUGAACAAUGUGAAACUUAUCUUUUAUCUUGUAGAGAAAAUAUUAUUUAUCUAAGCAAUAACUGAACAGAUUAAUGGAGGUUCAGUUUUCAUCUGAGCUAUAUUUGUGCUUAGAAAUUCUUUGAUAGAAGCAAAAACCCUGAAUUCACUUUAUGAAUCCUAUGAUAUUACACAGUUCAACUGCAUUUUUGUGAACAGAAAUAACUUGAAUCAGAAACCUGAGAGCAAUGGUUGAGCUCUUGAAUCUAAGUGCAUUAGUUUGCACUUGAAAAUUUGCCUGUAUUCCUUAAAUAAUCACUGACUUUGAUAUCAAGUCUAAAUGUCUUCAGCAGUGUUGGCAGAGCGAAAACAUCCCAAAUACCUUGUUACUGGAAUUGGUGGGACUUAAUUAUGUUCACAAAUGAAUUUUGAACUGUCCAACGUCAAAGGAAUGUAAAUUUUGUGUGGAUUUUCCCCUUAUGGUUUAGGAUGAAAAUAUUGUGUUGGACUUAGAUUUAACACAGACUGUGUGAUUAAUUUGCCUCGGGUAUAUAUGACCUUUUCUGCUCCUUUGGGUAAAUAAUAUAAUUCAUAUGUUGAAGUUUGCAUUAUAAAAUAAAAAUGUUUGUUCCCAUUUG